AUGAGCUUCUUGGAUGGCCUCUUCUCGAUGUUCGGCCCCGCAGCCAACGCAGCCUUUCCGUUGCUCUACGAGCUCUUCACAGCCACGAUGACGGUGGAGGUGUUGCCAGACGACGAUGCGGCGACUGUCGCCUCUUCCCUGUUGCGGCUCUGCGGGUCGAGCAAAGGUGCUGCCAUUUCCGUGCUGCGAAUGAUGGAGCUGAACCCGGAGGUCUGCCCUGAGAUGCCGAAGUGGGGCUCCAGUGAACACUCCUGGAGCUUCGGGCUGGCAGGCUUCACAGUGGACACCCAGUCCAGCUCCAAGCUCCUGGAGGCAGCCAGCAGGAAGCUGAACGCCUGCAGGCUGGGCUGCAACCUCACAGGCGCAAAGCCUAAGUACUUGCAGCAGAACUUCCAGCACCUCUGCAUCCCAUCAGUGAAGCAUGCCAGCUAUGCGGCGACAAGGGACGCCCUGGCCAAAGAGUGCAAAAGCUUCAAGCCCGACAUUGUGGUCGCUCACUCGGCUGGUGUGGGGAAGGCAGUGACCCUGGCGACAACCGGCACAUGGUCCGGCCCCUUGCUCUUGCUGGCUGGCGGCAAUGGCUGUGCCCCGGUGUCUGACAUGUCGGGCCGGGCGAUCACGCUGGUGGUGCCCAGCGAGGACAUGGGAGCUCCCCACCAACGCCGGGCGGCGCGGCAAAACUUGGACCAAGCCAUGGUGAAGACUGUGGAGGUUACAGAUCUCCACGACCUGAACACCUCCAUGGUGGACAAAGACAUGCUCCGCGGCAUCAUCGAGGACACCGUGGCACGCCAGCGGGGCGAAGCGGCCUCGGCGACCACGGCGACCUCGGCGCCUUCGGCGACCUCGGCCGCGGACUCGAGCGCGACAGUGGAGACGCCGGUGAAAGAGCAGGUGAAGUGGCUAUUUUCAGAAUGGGACUCCAACGACGAUGGCGUGGUAUCGAAGGGUGAGUUCAAGGACUGCCUGGCAUCGCUGUGUGACCAGAUGUCGGCGCAAGAUGUCGACGCGGUGGUGCAGUUGGUGGACAAGAAUCAGGACGGGAAUGUGGACACCGAGGAGUUCUUGGACUGGGUCUUUUCUGGUGCAGAGCACUCGGAGAAGAUCCUGGCAGAGACGGCCAUGCCCUCGGCACCCGCGGAACCAGCGUCCGAACCGGCGGCGCCGGCGCCGGCGCCUGCCACGGAGGAGCCAGUGCCAGCGCUGGAGCCAACAGCGCCGGAGCCAACAGCGCCGGAGCCAGUGGCGGAGCCGACAAAGCCACCGGCAGAGCCGGAGCCACCGGCAGAGCCGGAAGUUGAGGCAGAAGAGGCUGAUGCUGAGCGGGCUCCUGCUGCAGGCUUCUACGCCUCGCAGCCGGGCCAGCUGUUUACCUGGGGCCGGGGCAGCGAUGGGCAGCUGGGGCAGGACAAGGUGAGGUACCCCUCGGUGAACUGCGCCCUGCCACACCCAGUUCCGGGCAUGCAUCAGGUGGUCCACGUCUCCUGCGGCGGAGGUCAGCAGGGCUGCACGGGGGCAGUGACGGCGCAGGGGGAGCUCUUCACCUUUGGCAACAACUUCAAGGGCCGCCUGGGGCACGGCGACGGGCCGAACCUGGGCACGCCCAAGCGGGUGAUGGCCCUGCAACAUGAGCACGUGCUGAUGUCGGCCUUCAGCGCAGACCAUGGGGCCGCUUUGGUGCGUGGAGGCCGCGUCUUCCUCUGGGGCAGCAACCGGUUCGGUCAGCUGGGCCGGGGCCACACGGACAAGGCCGGCGCCGCCUCGCCCGCGGAGAUCGCGCUGCCGGGUGCAGCGGCGCAGGUGGACUGCGAGGAUCAGUACUCGGCAGCCGUCCUGGAGGAUGGCCGGCUCUUCACUUGGGGCUGCAAUGCUCACGGAAGGCUGGGCCAGGGCAUCACCACGGAGAGCACCAGCAGCCCGGGGCUCGUGGGCGCCGGCGUCGCCGCGGUGUCGCUGGGCUCGCUCUACGCUGGAGCCGUGGGCACCCAGGGGGAGCUGCUGAUGUGGGGCUACGGCGGCCACGGGAACUUGGGCCUGGGCGACCGGAAGUCCAAAGCCGCCCCCGCGCGCGUGGACCUCGAGCCCGUGCUGCAAGUGGCAUGCACGCGUGGGCAGGAGGGCUGCAAGGGCGGCCUCAACCCCACAGAAGGGGGAGCCGAAGGUCCCCACACCGUGGUGGUUGCUGCUUCCGGUGCCCUGUACACCAUGGGCACAUGCCACAAGGGUUUGCUCAUGAACCUGGGAGCGAAAGAUGGAGCCUUCGGCAGGCCCUGGGACGAGCUUCGGCCCUACAAAGUGGGCGGCGCCCUGCGCAACCCGCCGGACGCCCCGCUGUCCCCGCUGGGCCUGGCCCCGCCCUACGACCUGGGCAUCGGACCGGUGCACUCGGCGGUGUCAGCACACAUCCACAGCGCAGUGCUGUGCCGAGAUGGGAAAGCCUGGGCCUGGGGCUGCGGCAGUAACGAUGGGCGCUGCGGCGUGGAGAGGUUUCUGAAUAAGAAGGGCGAGGGGAAGCCGCCGGAGGUGGACAUGAUGAAGUGUUACAUGAUGGGCCCCCACCGGAUAGGCCUGGCGCGGCCCUUGUACUGGAAGCACCCUAGCCUUCAAGGCCAACAGGUGCUGCAACUGGCCACCGGCCGCAACCACAUGGCGGCCAUCGCCGUCCCGGCGUGA